AUAUACACUUAAGUUUACUACUAAAAUCUGAUUAUCGAAUGCAAGGAGAAUGGAAAUAAAACAUUAAUGAUUGCUGUCCUUAAAAAUAUUUGAGAAUGUUGAAACUCCCGUUUAAGUUUUUAAGUGUCUUAAAACAAUGUGUGUGGACAUAGUGUGACAUUAUUUAAAUCUCUGUUUUCAAUAACAAUAUUGGUGUGGCAUGUUUCUCUAAGGAUCGACUUUUUUAAAUUAAGUCAUAAAUUAAACGACUGAUAUAGUGCUAAUAAUGGCUCUAGGAGGGUCAAACUUCUUGCAGGAUGCUACGAUGCUGGAACAGCUUCUAGAGGAGAUUAACUUUCAGCGUACGAAGGAAAUGCGGCAACUGAUGAAAGACGAAUCUGGCUUUGUAGUACUUCAAGGAACCACAUAUUGGACUGACUUGUUUGUGCGCCACUUCCUGUUCCAGGAAGACCAGUCUAUAGACUGUGAUGACUUACUCUUCUUUGUUCGCAAGAGACAUGUUAAAGGGUCAUCUCGAUAUCUUCCUAAAUACGAAACCGACGUCGAGGUCUUCCGCAAGGACUCCAAGAAGCUCCCGAUCGGCGACCCCGAGAUCGACUGGGAGGAGACCGUCUACCUGAACUUGAUCGUCCAUCAGUUCGACUACACGCUCACUCUGGCGAUUUGCACGCGAACCAGCCCCAAAGAGCUGCAGGUGCUGAAGCGGCAUUCGCAGAAGGUGUACGCUUCACCGUCGAGACGCAAGAUGGACACGAAGGGCGAGGGGGAGGAGAUGACCUAUCCCCACAUUUGCUUCAUGGUCGACAACUUUGACGAGGUGUUCUGCGACAUCGUGGUGCGCGACGGUGAGAUGGUGUGCGUAGAGCUGGUGGCUCGCGGCAGAGGCGGCGCCGCGCAGGCCGUCAUCUUUCUCGGCUCCAUCCGCUACGACGCGCUCACCAGGGUUUACGACGCCAGGCAAUCUUCCCUUUCGACGAAGGUGGCGCAACGUAUGUCUUUCGGUCUGUUGGGGGCACGCGGAGCCGGCGCGGCGCGAUGCGAGUUCGUUCGUAUGCGGGGCCCCGGCGGGAAGGGCCACGCCGAGGUGGCGGUGUCGCGACCGCGCGGCUCGGGCGCCCCGACGCCGAGCUCGGAGCCCGGCCUGACGGCCGCCGAGCUGUGGGACAGCGACUGGGAGGACGACCCCGACGACAUGUUCCUCUACCGCCAUCAGCGACGCCUGAGCGACCCGUCGGCGAACAUAGCGUCGUUCGUGCGCGGCGGGUGGCGCUCUCGAGAUCGAGCGGGCGAAGGCCGAGACAAGAGCCGCUCCGAGAACGAGGGGCUGGACUCGAUGGUCGACGGCCUGGCCGAGGUGGAGGCGGGAGACCUGAGAGACGGUCGCAGAGGGUCGGGCUCCUCGCGAGGCCGCGGCGAGUGCAUGCGCGCCGUGGCCGGGCCCCCGGCGCGCCCCGCGCCCCUCUCCCCCGCCUGCCUGCAUCGCCGCGCGCCCGCCGCCGAGCCCGCCUCGCGAGUCGCCCGCACGCCGCCGCCGCUCCGCCCGCUGCCCCCGCCGCCUCGGCCGCCCGGUGCGCCGCGGGGCUCGCCCCGCUGCGAGAUCGCCUGCGACGUCGCCUCGCUCGACGGGGGCGACCUCGCCGCCGCCGAGUCGCACCUCCGCCCCGCCCGUCCCUCCGACCGGGCGCGGACGGUGCGCGGUCGCGAGGAGCUCCCGGGCGAGCUCGGGCCGCGGCCGCCCUCGCCCGGGCGGAGGGACGGCGGCGAGGCGGUCUCGGAGGGAGAGGGCGGGGGCGCGGGAAGCUGGAGCGACAGCGCGCGGGCCUACGUGACCCUGCCGCGGCGGCGAGGCGUGGCGGCGGCUCUGUUCCGCGCCGCUCGCCUUCCGCCGCGCCGCACCACGCCGGACGGCACCGACGUCUACUACUGGUGCGAUCUGCCCAAGCGCAGCGUUCACGAGCUGGACGACGGCGCCUACAACCCUCUGUGGGCGUUGCGAGGCUUCACGCAGACGUUCCAUCUGUGGAAGGAGGGCAAGCGGCAGCAGAGCGCGCCCCUCUCCGCUUUCCUCACCUACGUGACGCUGCCCUGGUGGGCCAUCGCCAAAGAUAUUUUGGAUCAUCGCGAGGAGCCGAUCUUGACCUUCUGAGACUCGCCGGGCCUCGGGGAAGGAUGACGGGUUCGCGCUCCUUAGUUAAAUUAACUUUUAGAACUGAACUGCUUCUGGACAGAACCAUAAAUGAUUAAUUCUUAAAAACUUGUCCCAAAGGAUAUUUUUUUACAUGCUCAGCGAUGAGUGAAUAUCGCCAUCUUUCGUAACAUUCCCGAACUACAUUCCUCCGCGACUUGUCGACGUACAUUAUCGGAAGAGGGCGUUGUCUCUCAAAAGACAAUCACAAAUGUAAAAUAAAGUAAUCUUGUUGUCGAUAUAUAUAUUUAUAAUAUAUAUAUAUUUAAGUUCUUUAUUAUUAUUAUUAGACACUUAAGUAAUACUCGCUUCUAACGAAAAAAACAUGCUCUAGUCUGUAGGGUUUAAUUUUAUACGAAUUUCUUUAAAUUUCGGGCGUCAAAGGCAAAAACGGCAGAGAAUUUUUUUUUAAAUUCUGGUCAUGGCCAAAUGCGCUUAGUUGUUUCCGAGUGGUGAUCAUUAGUUGGCAAUAAAGGUUCCGCCCUCCCGAUGGUUAACCUCGACUACUAAUUCACGAACGCGAUUAGUCUAGGUUUCAUUUUAGUUAAACCUUUCAACGCUGGAUGUGAUAUAAGUAUUGGCAUAUUUUGUGAUUAGUGAGAGAACGUCAAAUCAGGAACGAAUCAUUAUUUUUUAUAUAAAUGCGACGGUUUUUAAGAUGAUAGAAUCGUAUCGGAAUCCAUAAACUACAAACCGAAUGACAGUGUAUGUAUAUCUAAGUAUAAAUUAAGUUAAGAGAGAGUGAUUUUGUAUCCGUGUAUUAAUUGUAUUGCCUCUGAGGAGACAGAGCUAGUUGCAUCGAUCCGAGUAAUUCUAAAUAUUUUUUCAAACUACUUCAACUCUUUGCCUUCACGAAGACCGUCUCUCGGUGGAUGCGACUGGUGCGAGGCGUUUUCUAGUCGAGAUGAUCUUCAAAUGUGUAUUCUAAUAUGAUAUUUCCUCGAAUAAAUUAUUUCAAACAA